AGAAUCUAUCGACAUCAUCUUGGCCAAUGGAGGUGACAAGGGAUUGGGGAAAAAUUAAGUUGAAAUCGUAAGAAUGUUGAUUGCCAACACUUCUUUCGUUUCAAUCAAAUUCCCGUCUUUUCUUCAAACAACUCUCAAAUCUCCACCAUUUCUUCCCCAAUUCAAGGUUUCUGCCUCCUCAACAUCACCCAUUUCCAUGGCAACUGCCGCCGCCCGCGAACCCACCUCACCAACUCCUCUCACAAUCCAAUCUUCCGUUCCCAACUCUUCUAUUACACUCUUGUUUGUUGAAAUGGGAGUUGGUUACGAUCAGCAUGGGCAAGAUGUUACGAAAGCAGCAAUGAAGGCUUGUAGGGACGCUAUCUCUUCCAAUUCAAUUCCUGCUUUCCGUAGAGGCUCCAUACCUGGUGUUUCAUUUGAUCAAAUGAAACUACAGAUAAAACUUGGAGUUCCUCGACCCCUUCAACCUACCUUGGAUAUUGAGAAAGUGAAGUCCGUUUUCCCUUAUGGGAAAAUUGAGAACGUUGAAGUAGUGGAUGGUGGACUGAUAUGCUCGAGCGGUGUUCAUGUGGAAGAAAUGGGAGACACAGAUGAUAAUUGUUACAUAGUCAAUGCAGCUGUAUAUGUUGGAUACUGAGUUGCGGUUUUUAUCCAGAGUCUGCUUCAGGUCAGCAUUUUCUUCACUGACAGAUAAAAUAGUUGGUUGGUACAUCAGUAUCUGGACCAUACUAUAUGGUUAAUUUUAACUCUUCAGGAAGCUUCCUUUUCAUGGGAAUAUCUAAAUAUAUGAUUGGCUUGCUAAUCCCAUACACGAUCCUCGUUUAUUCUGGCUUAGGAUAUCUAUGUAAAAGUAAAUCUGAUUUUCUGUUUUAUGACCAUAAAUUAUGUUGAUAAAAGGUAUCCAUCCUUAAUUCUA